AAACUAUUAACCCACACUACAUCGCCUAUAUAAAAUAUUAGAAGGAAAGAAACUGGAUGAGUGAAUUACUUUGUUAUUUAGUUAUUGUGUUCAUUCACUUGGCGCGGAACCAAAUUCAAUGGCGCCAGCUUCUGUGCUUUCCAAUUUGAAAUGGUUGCCACUGAAUUCCAAAAUCAAUAUCAAGAGCCAACUCCAAACAAGCAACAUUGACGUUGACACGGUUCAGCUUCCGGAGAAAACCCGCAACUCGAGAGUCUUGAUCCUUGGUGGAACGGGUCGGGUCGGUGGAUCCACCGCCAUUGCCCUCUCCAACCUCUGCCCUGACCUCCGCAUCGUCGUCGCCGGUCGAAACAGGGAGAAAGGUGAAGCUAUGGUUGCAAAACUGGGGGGCAAUUUUGGUUUUUCUCAGGUUGAUAUGAAUGAUGAAAAUUCACUCCGAAAUGCUCUUCAAGAGGUGGAUCUUGUGGUUCAUGCGGCGGGGCCAUUCCAAAAAGAAGAAAAAUGCAGCGUGCUUGAAGCAGCCAUAAACACCAAGACGGCAUAUGUUGAUAUAUGCGAUGACACAAAGUAUGCGUGGCGUGCUAAGUCCUUUAUGAGAAGAGCAUUAGGCGCUAAUGUUCCGGCCAUAACUACCGGAGGAUUAUGCCCUGGACUCAGCACAAUCAUGGCGGCAGAGCUAGUCCGCGCUGCACUACGUGAAAGUGAUCAAGAUAAGCCAGAAAGCCUAAGGUUCUCCUACUAUAUAUCUGGAACUGGUGGUGCUGGUCCAGCCGUGUUGCUUGGUAGCCUCCUCUUGUUGGGAGAGGAAGUAAUUGCAUAUAGCGAAGGAGAAAAGGUCAAACUGAAGCCAUACAGUGGAAAGCUCAACGUUGAUUUUGAAAAAGGAAUUGGCAAAAGAGACGUUUAUCUAAUGAAUUUACCAGAGGUUAGAUGUGCUUAUGAGAAUCUAGGAGUGCCAACUGUUAGUGCUCGAUUUGGAUCAGCACCAUUUUUCUGGAAUUGGGGAAUGGAAAAUUUGACCAAAGUUCUUCCUUUGGAAUUUCUGAGAGACAGGAGUAAAGUGGGAAGGUUGGUUGAAUUAUUUGGUCCUUUAAUCGAAGCAGUUGAUGGGAUUGUCGGGGAACAUAUAUCAAUGAGGGUUGAUUUGGAGUGUGCAAGUGACCGCAGCAGGGUUGCCAUCUUCAGUCACAGGAAACUUUCCACAGCUGCAGGAAUUGCAACAGCUGCAUUUGCACUUGCGAUUCUAGAAGGAAGCACACAACCUGGUGUGUGGUUUCCUGACGAGGUUCAAGGACUUGCAAUUGAGGCCAGAGAAGUUCUUCUCAAGCGUGCUAGCCAGGGUACAUUUAACUUUGUAAUGAACAGAUCACCGUGGACGAUUGAAACAAAUCCAAAGGAGCACGGAUUAGGAAUAUACGUAUGAGCUGGGAUCCAAACGUGAAAUUCGGUAAAAUUAUUUUGUUGUACUGAUAGGGGUACAAUGUAAUGAAUGUAUAGUCCAUGAGAGAUGAUUAAUGGAAGUGAAGCUAUAACUUUCUUAUGUUA